ACAUUUUAUCCACAUGCCAUAUUAUAUUAAUAGCACUCAAUAAAUGCAUUGUUACAAUGAUUACAAUACAAUCUUCAUCACGUUUAAAAAUUCCUAUUAGAAGGUUACAAAAAUAUAAAAUGAUUUGUGUCAAAAAAAAAAAAAAAUGAUAAUAUUACUAAAUUAAUAAUUAUCCAAAAAAAGGGGUAAAACGCAGCGUUGCAUUAAGAAAAGAAUAGGCUCUGGCUCUGCAACGGUCUGGGCUUGGUAUGAGUCUCCGUCUCUCUCUCUUAACAACAACAACAAAAAAACUCUUUUCUCUCGUCUUCCUUUCUCUUUGUUUCUUGGUUUUCUCUCUCUUCUGAAAAUAAAAACCUUUCCUCUUUCACUUUCUCUCUCCUCCUCUUCUUCUCUCCUCGUUUCUUCUUCUCAAUUCAUUCCAUGCCCUUUUUCGUCAUUUUCUACUAAUCACACGCCCAUUAUUCCUCCACGUCUGCUUCGUCUUCUUCCUCCCUUCGAUGUUUAUAUAACCGCUUCUCCUCUUUUCUCUCUCUUUCUCUUUCUCUUUCACUCUACUUUUUCUAGGGUUUUCUGGGUUUCGCUGUUUUCACGGCAUUCUUCGAUUUCGUACUUUCAUGGCUGCUCACUCCUCGUUAAUUUGCUGUUUCUGCGAAUCGUCAAAUUAGGGUUUUGAUUGGAAUUUCGAUUUGAUCAAUUGAGGUCGUCUGGUUUUGGGGUUGAGUUGCGAGCCAGGGGAUAAGAAUUCGAGAGUGUUGAGCUGAGUUGGGGAGGAGGUUAGUGUGUGCUUAAUGGUUAUGUUUGAUGGCUAUUGAAAAGAACAACGUUAAGGCGGUGUCGCGGUUGGAUUCCGAGUUUUCUGUGGGGAGUAGGAGUAGGGAGAGUAUGUCAAGUGAUGAUGAUGAGUUUCGUAGGAGGAAUUCCGGGGAUUCUGAGGAUGAUGAUGAAUUUGAUGAUGCUGAUUCUGGGGCAGGAUCGGAUGAUUUUGAUUUGUUGGAUUUAGGGGAAACUGGGUCUGAAUUUUGCCAAGUUGGGGACCAGACUUGUUGCAUCCCUUUUGAGCUUUAUAAUCUUCCUGAUUUACAUGGGAUUUUGUCGUUGGAUGUUUGGAAUGAUUGCUUGACUGAGGAAGAGAGGUUUGGCCUCACAAAGUACCUGCCUGAUAUGGAUCAGGAGAUGUUCAUGAUGACCUUGAAGGAGCUGUUUGGAGGUGGAAAUUUACAUUUUGGCAGUCCUAUAACCAAGUUAAAUCAGAUGUUGAAGGGAGGGCUGUGUGAGCCGAGAGUUGCUCUGUAUCGCCAGGGGCUGAAUUUCUUUCAGAUACACCAGCACACUCAUUUAUUGCGGAGGUAUCAGGAUUCAAUGGUAAGUAAUUUCUUACUCAUGAAGGAAGCUUGGCAGAAAUGCAAGGGUUAUAGCAUUGAGGAGAAACUGCGUGUUUGGAAUAUAGCAAAAAGUCAAAAGAGUUUGAUGGGGGAAAGGAAUGAGUACAUGGGGUCUGAGUCUUCAGAAAGGGAGUCAGGUGAGGCUUUGUUGAGGUCAAAGAGACGGAAUGCUGGGAAGAAAGCAGGAUAUGAUCCUCUAUAUGGUGCCAGUCAUGCUUUUGAUUUCUCUGGGGGAAGGGGAGGAUCUGGUGAUGUUACCAAAUAUGGGCAGCAAAAUCCAAAAGGAUUGUUGAAGGUGGCUGGAAUGAGAAACCCUUCUCCGAAUGUAGUAUCAUCACGUGUCCAUUCUCGUGUCUAUGGCCACCAGAACAUGAGCACUGGUGCCCAUGGCUCAGACUUGGUUGCCUCUAGAAUGGGCAAGGCUGCUAUGCAUGAUAUUAUGACAACUAGUGGGGAUGACGAGCAAGAGAUGUAUGGCAUUGCUACCCAGAGAUGUUGGAAUGGUAUGGAUGGAAAUAUGAUGGUUAGGGGCAGGCCUGUCAGGUCAACAAAAAACCAUGAAGCUUUUGUAGAUGAUGAAUGUGAUGGUGACAAUUAUGUAAGUCGGCAUCAAUCUUCAAAGCCUGAUUUAGCUGCUCAUGGUAGGAACUCGAACAUUAAUCAGCUGUCUGAUAUUAAAGUCUUAACUGCCAAGCCGUCAAAUGUGAGAGGUUUGCAGGAUUCUUCCAGAAGGGCCAAGUAUAUUGAUCCUGUAUACAACCUACAAAUGAGACCUGCUAAAGGCCGUUCUUCACAGCUUGCUUUGAAAAGGAAUCUGGCUGGCUAUGGAGAUGCUUCGGAACCAUAUUGGAUGAAGAAUCAACAGGGAGAGGCAUACUUAACUGAUCCUUCGUUUGAUUAUGAGGGUAUUGAUGUUGAGACCAGGAAACUAAAGGCGGGCAGAGAAUUUCCUGAUCAUAGAUUUACAUCUCUGCAAGCUUCCCAACAGAUAGAGGAUAGAACCUUUCAUCCAGAGAAGCGAGCAAAGCUUUAUUCAGAGAAUUUUAGAGGGGCUGCAGUGCGAAAUGGAGGGUCUAGUAUGUUUCCCUUAAAUGGUGAUAGAGUGUUUCAUGGAGGUGAAGAAACAGAGUCUGACUCAUCUGAUCAACAUGAGGCAGACCAGGAUAACAGUUCUCUGAUCAUGUCCAAGCGAGCAAAACAUGGGCGUAUGGAUAUUUCUCAGUCUUCCUUGUCCAGGUCAAUUUUGGACGAGAAGAAGGUGAAACGGAAUAAGAAGGGUGUUAAAGGAAGUGUUUUGACUCGUGAAAGGAUGCUACCUGACUCUAGUACAAUGGCUAAUUUUGAAAGGCAUUUUCCAAGGCCAGAGAUAGAAUCUUAUCCCUCAAAAAUAAGGCAAAACUUUGCCACAAGAGUGGCAGAGGAUUAUUAUUAUGGUGGUGGUUUUGGAAACUCAUGUUUUGAAAGUGAUAUGAAAUCAACUUACAGACUUGGAAGGAAUGGCCAAGUUCUAUCUGAGGUUGCUGGAAGCUCUCCUAUGUCCAUGAAUAUGCCCUCAUCUGUGGAGAGAAGGCAGAAAGGAAAUGUUGGCUAUGAAUUUUCCUUGCAGUCCAAGAACAUGAGAGGUUACAAUCUCGAAGAGAAUGGGGUUAUAUUUGACGGCAAUCCAAUGGGCAGAGGUUCCAGGGACUUGGAUACUACUACAUUAGUAGGUUGCACUUCAUCCACUAGGAAGAAGAAGAGAAAGGAAGUUUUUGCAGAAAUUAAUGGGCAAGAUGGAUCUGAUUACAUGACGUCUCAUCAGCAGCUUUCUGAUUCCAUCCCCUUGAAGAAUUGGGCCAAAAAAAGAUUGGAGACAGAAUGUGGUUCCCCAGGUGCCAGUACAUCAGAAGUUCCUGUUCUAGAGGCAGUGAUUGCAGAUCCAGAGCCAGAGAUUAAACCUCAAAAGAAGCCAUUUGUUCCAAUAACACCUACUGUACAUACUGGUUUCUCUUUCUCCAUUGUUCACCUUCUUUCAGCUGUUCGCAUGGCAUUGAUUACUCCCAGUCCUGAUGGUGCUUUGGAGGGCCAGAAGCAUAAUGAGAACACUGGAACAGAACCUGAAGAUAAGAACGUGAAGCAAGAAUGUGGAAAUGGUUCUGUGGAACAGUUAGAUAUGAACAUUCAAUGUCCUGAAAACUCAAAUGUUCCAUCUGUAACAGUUCAGGAAAUUGUGAAUCGUGUAAGAUCUAGUCCUGGGGAUCCUUGUAUUCUUGAGACUCAGGAGCCACUUCAAGAUCUAGUUAGAGGAGUUUUGAAGAUUUUCUCAUCCAAAACAGCACCCCUAGGAGCCAAGGGUUGGAAGCCUCUGAUAUGUUAUGAGAAGUCCGCCAAAUGCUGGUCUUGGACUGGACCAGUUUCACAGAGUUCAACAGACCAUGAAACCUCUGAGGAGUUGACUUCCCCAGAGGCUUGGAACAUUUCUCGUAAAAUGCUUGUAAAGUUGGUUGAUUCUUAUGCCAAUUGGCUUAAAAGUGGUCAAGAGACUCUGCAGCAAAUUGGCAGCCUUCCUCCACCACCACAGGAGUUGAUGCAGCUAAAUUUUGAUGAAAAAGAAAGGUUUAGGGACUUGAGAGCUCAGAAGAGUCUAACUACCAUUACCCGAAGCUCUGAUGAAGUUAGGGAUUAUUUCCGCAAGGAAGAGCAACUGAGGUAUUCAGUUCCUGAUAGAGCAUUCUCUUAUACCGCUGCUGAUGGUAAGAAAUCUAUAGUUGCUCCAUUGAGAAGAUGUGGUGGUAAGCCGACUUCAAAAGCUCGAGAUCAUUUCCUGUUGAAACGUGAUAGACCUCCUCAUGUUACCAUCCUUUGCCUUGUCAGAGAUGCAGCUUCUAGAUUACCGGGGAGCAUUGGUACCAGAGCUGAUGUUUGCACUUUGAUAAGAGACUCUCAGUAUAUUGUGGAGGAUGUCACUGAUUCUCAGGUUAAUCAGAUUGUUAGUGGGGCCCUGGAUCGUUUACAUUAUGAGCGUGAUCCAUGUGUACAGUUUGAUGGAGAGAGGAAAUUGUGGGUUUACUUGCAUAGAGAACGGGAAGAAGAGGAUUUUGAGGAUGAUGGUACCUCAUCUACCAAGAAAUGGAAGAGGCAGAAGAAAGAUGUAACUGAGCAAGAUGACCAAGUUACUGUUGCUUGCCAGGGAAACAUAGAAAAUAAUGGAUUUGAUUUGAGCUCUGAUCUCAAUGUUGUGCCGACAGGCUUAAAUAGUGAAAAAACAUCAGAUGUAAUUCAUGAUGAUACAGGACAAAGAACAGAAGACCAUGCAAAAGCUACUCACAUGCCUGAUGAAGCUGCUUCCCAGCAAAUGCUGGAAAGUAGAUUGCAGUGCCAAGAUGUCUCAGCGAAAGAAGAAUCUAUUGACGAAACAUAGAAGAAAAUAGAGAUGGGUCGGACUUGUUGGAGCAUUCUCCUAAGCGGUGUUUUCUCAGGAUUAAGCUCUUGUAUGUUGGCCUUCCUGUCAAAGUCUUGACGAUGUAUGAUAUAUAUUACGAGGUGCUACAUUUCUUUUUUGUGUAUUACUGAUAUUAAAGCUAAUCCAAAAGGUAGAGGAGAAAAUGGUCAAAAAUUGGUUGUCUUGUGAAUACAGCUAGUAUAGUUAGGCUUUUUUCAACGUCUACAGCUUGGUAAAUAAUGUAUUUGAAUUGAAUAGUAUCAUAACUUCGAAAUCAAAGUCUCUCCAUAUCAGAUUCUUUUAUUGUUUCUGUUAAUUUAGUCUGGUUUGGCAUAUAUCCUUUAUCUAA